AAUUUAUUGAGUUAGCUUUUAAAUAAGUCAGCUUGCGUGCAUGGCCUACAAAAUGAUGGCAUAGGGAGAGCCCAGUGGAAAGCAAGCCAAUUGGUAUAGAGCAGUGCAUGUCCAAGUGCAAGUACAGGUGCAAGUGCCUCCCACAUAAUAUAGGGUGUUUUUCUUCUGUGUCAAGUGUCUCCCACAGCCCAACCCAAAGAAAUGGGUCGCCACAGUUACAAUUUGCUGCAACACCAGCAGACUAAUGUGCGGCGCCAUCGCAAUGGCAGCUUUGGUGCCAACACAAGAAACGCCACACCAGUAAUAGAAACACCAACCAUGACGGAUUACCUGUCGCUGCAGACGCGACUCGCCCAGGUGCACCAGGAGCAUCUGCUGAAGUUUUGGCACGAGCUAACACCAGACGAACGCGCCGAUCUGGUGCGUGACAUCGAGGAAUUGAAUCUGGAUGAGAUCAAACAGUAUUUCGAUCGGGCCACCGUCUCCAUGAACGAGAAUGGCAUCAAGCUGGACGAUCGCCUGCAGCCGAUGCCCGAGGGCAAGGUGAUAUCCAUUGCGCGCACACCCAAGGAGCAGCUGCACGCCUAUCGGGAUGAGGGACUGCGUCAGAUCAGCAAUGGACAUGUCGCUGUGCUGCUUAUGGCAGGUGGACAAGGCACACGACUUGGCUUCGAUCAUCCCAAGGGCAUGUACGAUGUGGGACUGCAGUCGAGGAAAUCUCUGUUCCGAAUCCAAGCCGAGCGCAUUCUUAAGCUGGAGGAGCUGGCACAGGAGGCAAAUGAGAAGCGUGGAAACAUCACCUGGUACAUCAUGACCUCGGAGCACACUGUUCAGCCGACCUACGACUAUUUUGUGGCCAAUAACUUCUUCGGCUUGAAGCCGGAGGAUGUGCUGCUGUUCGAGCAGGGCUCACUGCCGUGCUUCGAAUACGAUGGACGCAUCAUACUGGACGAGAAGCAUCGAGUGGCGCGUGCGCCGGACGGCAACGGUGGCAUCUACAGGGCCAUGAGGCGGCAGGGCAUACUGGAGGAUAUGCAGAAGCGAGGCGUGCUCUACUUGCAUGCCCACAGUGUGGACAAUAUACUGAUCAAGGUGGCCGAUCCCGUCUUUAUUGGCUACUGUGUGCACGAGAAGGCCGAUUGCGCCGCCAAGGUGGUAGAGAAGGCGGCGCCCAAUGAGCCCGUGGGCGUGGUAGCGAUUGUCGAUGGUAAAUACCAGGUGGUGGAGUAUAGCGAGAUCUCCGCCAAGACAGCAGAGAUGCGAAAUUCAGACGGACGUCUGACCUUCAGUGCGGGCAACAUUUGCAAUCACUUUUUCAGCUCUAGCUUCCUGCAGGAUAUCGGCAGCAAGUUCGAGCAGGAGCUGAAGUUGCAUGUGGCCAAGAAGAAGAUCCCCUUUGUAGACAAUGCCGGCAAGCGGCUGACUCCCGACAAGCCUAAUGGCAUCAAGAUCGAAAAGUUUGUGUUCGAUGUGUUCGAGUUUGCCCAGAAGUUUGUGGCCAUGGAAGUGCUGCGUGACGAGGAGUUUAGCGCUCUGAAGAAUGCCGAUGUGGCCGGCAAGGACUGCCCAAGCACCGCCCGCUCGGAUCUGCAUCGCCUGCACAAGAAGUAUAUUGAAACCGCCGGCGGCAUUGUGCACGGUGAUAUCUGUGAGAUCUCACCGUUUAUCACGUACGCCGGGGAGAAUCUCGCCUCGCAGGUCGAGGGCAAAUCGUUCACCAGUCCCGUCUAUCUGCGGGACACACGCGAUCCCCUGCAUGGACAUCUCUGACUCUGCGCAGCAUCGCUAUAUAGACUGAGGAUGAUUCUUUUUUCGUUCUUCCUUAUUUUCGUGUGUGUUUAAACAUGAAUGUUGAAUGAAAUUCCAUAAACUUUCAGUACUUAAAGGAAA